GAGUAUCUUUAAGCGGCUUCAAGGCAACCAGUGUCCUUCUACAAGGAUAACAGUGCAGGUGUGUCAGUGGGAGUGAUGAAACGUGGGAAACUCCUCUGACAUUCCCAGAAAGGAUACUUCCAGCUUCCCAGCUUCCAGUCUGAAUCCGACAUGAAGGAGUGGUUUUUCCUGGCUUUGGGUGAGUGAACUAAAGCCUGUUCUUUUUUAAAAUUUUCACUGCAUGCUUUCAUAUUGCCAUUUAGCCAUAACAUAGAUUACGCAAUCAGAAUUUCUGAAUAACUUACUUUUUGCAAUAAUAGAGCUGGUAUAUUUUUUACACCACAAAAGCCGUCUGUGCAUGUGUUGCAUGAUCCUAUCUCCUGAAACUAAGAUGGUCCAUGAAUAAUUCUUUAAAUAAAUUGAUGCAAAUAGUUCAAACAAAUUCAAACAACCUCUGGUUGAAUCAUGAUGUGUAUUUUGAAGGAAAAAUAAGGAAGAGUUUCCUGAAUGACUGAAGAUUUUCAGUUUUACCGUCAAGAACAAUGGAUGGAUGCCUACCUGCACUGGUUCAAUUAUUAAUCAACACUUUCUUCGUCAUUCUAGAAUGUCUCUUUAUGCAAAUAUGUCACCAGUCCUUACUGCAAAAGAGACGCUGUGCUUUCCAAGUGACAAACAUAAGGAACCACGGCUACUCUGCAGCUGGGAAUGUGAGUGGCUCCGUGCAGCUCUGUGAAAACACCGACUGCUGUAUGGCCAUUUAUCGAAUCAUAAAUGGCCAGCUGGAGGUCGACACGCUCGCGUGCGACAGGGUAAAAAUGCUUUGCCCACAUGAAAGCUGCAAGGCGCAACCACACUUCAUAGAUAACUUUGUGACAUGUACAUGCAGUACAGACCUGUGCAACAGAAACAUCUCAUUGAGUCCAGAACCAGAACAGCCUCCAGAAACCCACCACCAUAUAGCAGUUGAAAUCACACAAGCAGUGGUGGUGGUGUUGAUUCUGUCCCUCGCCGUUCUCAUCGUUAUUGCUGUCAAGUGGAGAAAACUCUGCAAGGAAAAGACCAAAAUGAAGAUCCAAAUUGAAGAGGAGUAUCUGCAGUCGACGUGUCAGGACUAUAAUAUCCAACAAACGUGUUCCUGUCAAAUAAAAACUUCAGAGAACCAGAUUACUGACAUUGAACUGCAGGGGGUUCUUGGACAGGGGCAUUUUGCAACUGUUUAUGAAGGGAAGCAAAGGGGAAGUAUGGUGGCUGUGAAAGUGUACGCUGAAAACGGGAAGCAUCAAUUUAUGAAUGAAAAGGAGGUUUAUGAGCUUCCACUGAUGAAGCACGAGAGGAUUCUCCAGUUUCUAGGCACGGAGAGGAAACCAGACGAUAGCAGCCUGCUCAUUGUGCUCCAGUACGCUGAACAUGGUUCUCUUCAUUCCUUUCUGUGUAAACACGCCAGCAGCUGGGUGCUGACCAUGAGGCUGUGCCAGUCCUUAUCGGAGGGACUUUCCUAUCUCCACUCUGACCUCCGCAGCAAUGAUGUGCACAAGCCUCCCGUUGCCCACAGAGACCUGAGCAGCUCCAACGUGCUGGUCAGAACAGACGGGACUUGUGUCUUGUGCGAUUUUGGAUCCUCCACGAUCCUGCGUUCUUGUUCAGGACAUCGCUUCUGGAGGAACCACUCCACAACCAUCACGGGUCAUCUUCAGUUUUGCACGCUCAACUACAUGUCCCCUGAGAUCCUGGAGGGCUCUGUGAACCUCAGCAGCAGCUCAUUUCUCCUGCAGGGCGACAUCUAUGCCUUAGGUCUGAUUUUGUGGGAGAUAUGGAUGCGCUGUUCUGAUUUGUUUGCAGGGGGCGCUGUUCCAGAGCAUCUCCUGCCUUAUGAACUGGAGCUGGAUGCCAAUGUAACACUGGAGAGGCUCAUCCUGUUUGUGUCUGAGAUGGACAGGAGACCCUCCAUUCCUGGAAACUGGGAGAUGUUACCACAGGGAUCUGGACUGAAGGAGCUGCUGUCAGACUGCUGGGACCGAGACACAGACGCUCGGCUGUCAGCUCCGUGCAUCGUAGACAGAUUAAUGUCUCUGUAACCUUUUAAAAGCGAUGAUUUUUGUUUUCUUUUUUUUUUCAAGUUGAUACAUUUAUGGAUAUAAAGACACUAGUUCUCGUUUUGUCUCACCGCUGUUUGUUGAAGUUUCUCAUUUUUAGCGUACUAACAGUUCACAUGUAAUCUGAUCGCAUAAGCUUUCAAUAAAGACGUUUUUGAUUGAA